AUGACUGUUUAUCAGGUCUGGAGCCCCAACCUAAAUCCUGUUGCAUUUGGAAGAGGCCAUGACAAUAAAAGUUAUUCCCUGGCAUUCUUACACCGAAUGAACCAGUGUGCCGCAUCAAAAAUUGACAAAAAUGUAACAGAAGAAACAGUGAAGAUGCUGUUCUCAAACAUUGAAGAUAUCCUCGCUGUACAUAAGGAAUUUUUAAAAGUCGUGGAAGAAUGCCUACAUCCAGAACCUAAUGCUCAACAAGAAGUGGGAACCUGCUUUCUUCACUUUAAAGACAAGUUUCGUAUCUACGAUGAAUAUUGUAGUAACCAUGAGAAGGCACAAAAAUUGCUUCUUGAACUUAACAAAAUAAGAACAAUCCGCACAUUUCUUUUGAACUGCAUGCUACUUGGAGGACGGAAGAACACAGAUGUUCCCCUGGAAGGAUAUUUAGUAACACCAAUACAAAGAAUUUGCAAGUACCCUCUCCUUUUGAAGGAGUUGCUGAAGCGGACUCCGAGGAAACACAGUGACUAUGCAGCAGUAAUGGAAGCCCUCCAAGCCAUGAAAGCUGUCUGUUCUAACAUAAACGAGGCCAAGAGGCAGAUGGAGAAGUUAGAAGUCUUAGAGGAAUGGCAGUCUCACAUUGAAGGCUGGGAGGGAUCCAACGUCACCGACACCUGCACUGAGAUGCUAAUGUGUGGCGUCUUAUUGAAAAUUUCUUCUGGAAAUAUUCAAGAACGGGUGUUUUUUCUUUUUGAUAAUCUUCUGGUGUAUUGCAAAAGGAAACACAGACGGUUGAAGAAUAGCAAGGCAUCUACAGAUGGACAUCGGUACCUUUUUCGUGGCCGGAUCAAUACAGAGGUGAUGGAAGUGGAGAAUGUGGAUGAUGGCACAGCUGACUUCCAUAGCAGUGGACACAUUGUUGUCAAUGGAUGGAAGAUACAUAACACAGCGAAAAAUAAAUGGUUUGUGUGUAUGGCAAAAACACCUGAGGAGAAACAUGAAUGGUUUGAAGCUAUUUUGAAAGAAAGAGAACGGCGAAAAGGUUUAAAGUUAGGAAUGGAGCAAGACACCUGGGUAAUGAUCUCCGAACAGGGUGAGAAACUCUAUAAGAUGAUGUGCAAACAAGGGAAUCUGAUCAAAGACAGAAAAAGAAAACUGACCACAUUCCCUAAAUGCUUCCUUGGAAGUGAAUUUGUGUCAUGGCUGUUGGAAAUUGGAGAGAUUCACAGGCCUGAGGAAGGUGUACACUUAGGACAAGCAUUAUUAGAAAAUGGGAUCAUCCACCAUGUUACUGAUAAACAUCAGUUCAAGCCAGAACAGAUGUUAUAUAGAUUUCGCUAUGAUGAUGGAACAUUUUAUCCAAGAAAUGAGAUGCAGGAUGUGAUUUCAAAGGGAGUGAGAUUAUAUUGCCGUCUUCAUAGUCUGUUUACUCCAGUGAUAAGAGAUAAAGAUUACCAUUUAAGAACCUACAAAUCUGUAGUCAUGGCCAACAAACUGAUAGACUGGUUAAUUGCACAGGGGGAUUGCCGCACCAGAGAAGAGGCAAUGAUAUUUGGUGUCGGACUCUGUGACAAUGGAUUUAUGCACCAUGUCCUUGAAAAAAGUGAAUUCAGAGAUGAACCCCUACUUUUCCGUUUUUUUGCGGAUGAGGAAAUGGAAGGAUCAAAUAUGAAGCAUCGACUUAUGAAACAUGAUUUAAAAGUUGUGGAAAAUGUUAUAGCCAAAUCAUUAUUGAUUAAAUCCAAUGAAGGCAGCUAUGGUUUUGGGUUAGAAGACAAAAAUAAAGUUCCAAUAAUAAAGUUGGUAGAAAAGGGGUCUAAUGCUGAGAUGGCUGGCAUGGAAGUUGGGAAAAAGAUCUUUGCUAUUAAUGGUGACCUAGUUUUUAUGAGACCUUUCAAUGAAGUGGAUUGCUUCCUGAAAUCAUGCUUAAACAGCAGAAAGCCUCUAAGAGUUCUCAUGAGCACAAAGCCAAGGGAGACAGUGAAAAUCCCCGAUUCAGCUGAGGGACUUGGAUUCCAGAUCCGAGGAUAUGGCCCAUCGGUUGUCCAUGCAGUGGGAAGAGGAACUGUGGCUGCAGCGGCUGGUCUUCACCCUGGACAGUGUAUUAUCAAAGUCAAUGGAAUCAAUGUCAGCAAAGAGACCCAUGCUAGUGUUAUUGCACAUGUUACAGCCUGCAGGAAAUACAGAAGACCAAUGAAGCAAGAUUCCAUACAAUGGGUUUAUAAUAGCAUUGAGAGCGCUCAAGAAGACCUUCAAAAGUCUAACUCCAAACCUCCUGGAGAUGAAGUAGGGGAUGCUUUUGACUGCAAAGUAGAAGAGGUGAUUGACAAGUUUAACACCAUGGCCAUCAUUGACGGGAAGAAGGAGCACGUGAGUCUCACAGUGGAUAACGUGCAUCUGGAAUAUGGUGUCGUGUAUGAGUAUGACAGCACAGCUGGGAUAAAGUGCAACGUGGUGGAGAAGAUGAUCGAGCCCAAAGGCUUCUUCAGCCUCACUGCCAAGAUUCUUGAAGCCCUGGCUAAAAGUGAUGAACAUUUUGUACAAAACUGUACCAGCCUUAACUCUUUAAAUGAAGUGAUUCCUACUGACCUUCAGAGUAAAUUCAGUGCCAUUUGCAGUGAAAAAAUUGAGCGCAUAUGUCAGAGAAUAUCCAGUUAUAAAAAGUUUUCACGUGUACUGAAGAAUAGAGCCUGGCCCACCUUUAAACAGGCCAAAUCUAAAAUCUCCCCACUACACAGCAGUGAUUUCUGCCCUACCAACUGCCAUGUCAACAUAAUGGAAGUUUCCUAUCCAAAAACAUCAACCUCCCUGGGGAGUGCAUUUGGUGUUCAGCUGGAUAGUAGGAAGCACAAUUCUCAUGAUAAAGAAAAUAAAUCUGAGCAAGGGAAACUGAGCCCUAUGGUGUACAUUCAGCACACAAUCACGACCAUGGCGGCCCCUUCAGGUCUGUCUCUGGGACAGCAGGAUGGGCAUGGGCUCCGGUACUUGUUAAAAGAAGAAGACCUAGAAACUCAAGAUAUUUAUCAGAAACUAUUGGGCAAACUUCAGACUGCACUGAAAGAGGUGGAGAUGUGUGUUUGUCAAAUUGAUGACCUUAUGUCUUCCAUAACAUAUUCUCCUAAAUUAGAACGUAAGACAUCAGAGUGCAUAGUACCACCAGACAGUGACAACGAGAAGGGAGAAAGAAAUAGCAAACGAGUCUGUUUUAAUAUGGCAGGAGAUGAGCAGGAAGAUUCAGGUCAUGACACCAUCAGCAACAGAGACUCUUACAGCGACUGCAACAGCAACAGGAAUUCCAUUGCCUCCUUCACCAGCAUCUGCAGCAGCCAGUGCAGCUCCUACUUUCACAGCGAUGAGAUGGACUCAGGUGAUGAGCUCCCCCUCAGCGUUCGCAUUUCUCAUGAUAAACAGGACAAGAUACAUAGCUGCCUGGAGCAUCUUUUCAGCCAGGUGGAUUCUAUUACCAACCUCCUAAAAGGGCAAGCUGUUGUAAGGGCCUUUGAGCAAACCAACUACCUCACACCAGGUCAAGGAUUACAAGAAUUUCAGCAGGAAAUGGAACCAAAGCUGAGUUGUCCAAAAAGGUUAAGGCUUCACAUCAAACAAGACCCUUGGAAUCUUCCCAGCAGUGUCCGGAAUCUUGCUCAGAACAUCAGAAAAUUUGUUGAAGGUCAGGACGAAAAGCAAAGAAUAUUGCAUAGUAUCACUAAAUAUAAUGACAGUGAGACACAACUCCGAAGAGACAUGGUUUUCUGCCAAAGUCUUGUGGCCACCGUGUGUGCCUUCUCCGAGCAGCUCAUGGCAGCCUUAAACCAGAUGUUUGACAACAGCAAAGACAAUGAGAUGGACACGGGAGAAGCCAGCAGAAGGUGGCUGGACCAGAUAGCGAAUGCAGGUGUUCUUUUUCACUUCCAGUCACUCCUGUCGCCAAACCUGACAGAUGAACAAGCCAUGCUAGAAGAUACCCUCGUUGCACUAUUUGAUUUGGAAAAAGUUUCUUUUUACUUUAAACCAUCAGAAGAGGAACCACUGGUUGCAAUUAUGAAAUCACAUGAAAGAGAACAUUUACUUGUUUACACAGCACUGGAGAGCAUGGAAGGAUAUUAUUAUAGAGACAAUGUUUCAGUGGAAGAAUUUCAAGCCCAGAUAAAUGCAGCCUCACUGGAAAAAGUCAAACAAUACAACCAGAAGCUCAGGGCCUUCUACUUGGACAAGUCAAAUUCACCACCAAACUCCACAUCCAAAGCUGCCUAUGUAGAUAAGCUCAUGAGGCCUCUCAAUGCUUUGGAUGAACUUUAUCGGCUGGUAGCCUCGUUUAUCAGAUCCAAGCGCACGGCUGCCUGCGCAAACACAGCCUGCAGCGCCUCCGGGGUGGGGCUGCUGUCCGUGUCCUCGGAGCUGUGCAACCGGCUGGGAGCCUGCCACAUCAUCAUGUGCAACAGCGGCGUGCACAGGUGCACCCUGAGCGUGACGCUGGAGCAGGCCAUCAUCCUGGCCCGAAGCCACGGGCUGCCUCCUCGCUACAUCAUGCAGGCCACAGAUGUGAUGCGGAAGCAGGGAGCAAGAGUUCAGAACACAGCAAAGAAUUUGGGAAUCAGAGACCGAACCCCACAGUCUGCUCCAAGGCUCUACAAGCUGUGUGAGCCGCCUCCCCCCGCGGGAGAAGAAUGAAGAGACUCCCCAAGGAACCAGGCAAGCAGAAGCUUCUGCUCACCACACAGAGGACAUGCUGGCUACACAUUCUCCAUUCAAGAAAUCAAUUUUUUUUUUUUCUCUAAAUCCUUCACCAUGGAGUAACUAACCAGUGUUCAACCUGUAUUUGGAUAUUUGUGCUGGCCACGGAUCGGAGGUCAUUCGGACAAUUCGAAGCUUCACCAACUCAUCUCUGUAUGUAUUGACACUCACUGUUCAUUCUUAGGGUAAAAUUCAUCCCUGGAAUUUAUGAAAAAAAAAAUCAGAGAUAAAAAAAUGAACCAUUGUGCCCCCUCUCCCAUUUAUUCAAAUUAUUUUAUUGUGUUUGUUUUCAUCUUCUCUAAAUGGGAUCAUGUAAUCAUGGCUGUUUCCACUUGAAGAAGCCUUUCACUGAGGACACCUGGACACACUUUCCAAAUCCUCCCGCAGAAAUGUUACAGACAGUAGAGGCUGGGUGCUGUCAUAGGGAUUCAGUCCCUCACCUCUAUCAGAGAAGGUAGCUCAUGUGUGAAAGGUGAAGAGCAUGCUCUACUUUUUCUCCUGAGGGUUUAUUUCUCUGUAGAAGAGAAGAGAACUGAUGGAGGCUUCUACCAAGACUUUCUUCCAUCCCCUUCUAGGUAUCCUUUGUGCUUGUGGACAGUUCCAGCAGCCAGGUGCUGUCACUGGCUUCCCUUGGGCCGUGUGCACUGGGGCUGGGCCGCAGGUGGCCAGGGGUGGGCAGCGGUGGAGAUCAGAGAGGUACAGGAGGGGAGAGAAGGGUAAAGGAGGAAACGUAAGCCCAUUUAAAAAUUUAACCUCUGACUUAGAGAGAUACCUAAAAUUUUUACUUUUAUGAAGGCUUUCAUAUGAGAACUGAGACUCGUAAUAGAAUAUACCGUGCUGAGUAUUUCUCUAUCAAGGUUUGUGUAUAACAUAUGAAAAUAAAGCUUUAUUUGUUGAACUUUACAAGGACUAUUAAAGACUUUGAUAACAUAUGGAAGCACAAGGUGAAUUCUGUUUUCAUUCUAAAGUAUGUGUAAUGCUUACCAUCUCUAUGUUGAUAAAAGAACUUUGUUUGUUAGCAUAAUGAAUAUGGUCAUACUGAUUUUUGGGUCUUUAAUUUUCAAAGCAGUUAAAAUGCCCUUACUGUGAUUGUGAUAAUUAUAUGGAUUUAGGCUAAUUUAGUAUGUGAAAUGCUUUUUAUAACUGAAGUAUACAGACCAUUAUUAAAUUUUAAUUUAUGAAAUUUGAUAAUGCUUUUCAAAUGAUUAUUAAAAACCUUCAUCACUAACAGUUGUGUACUGAAAAACAAAAAACCUGUGUUACAUUAUGUGUGAGGUAUUCAUAUACUGGUCAAGCUGAUAAAAAUUGUUCUUUGGCACAGAAACACUUAAGAUUUUUGCAUUAAGUCCAUAUACAUAAUGAGACAUAAAGAAACACACUCCAAAGUUUUCAAAGAAAAAGUUGAACACUUCAAAUUUAGUGAAGAUAGGACCUUAACACAAAUACCUAUAUUGACGUGUAGGGAUUUAACAUUCUUGAUAUUAUUAACAGCUGACCCUGAAGGUCCAUGACAUUAGUAUUUUGUGAAUUUCCCAUACUGAAAAAUUGAUGACAUUCAAUGCAGGCUAAUGAGGGAGCAGAACUGAUCAACUAGCAAGGAUUUUUCAUAAUGUCAUUACUAUUUUCUAAUCACCAUUCUGGAAGCCUUAUUUCUCAUUAGAAGGAUGAAGUGGUCACUUAAACGCUUCAGUCAUACUUUGCUAUGUUUCAUGGGGGAAAUUAUCUGCUAUUAUGGUAUGUAUAAAUUAUAGCAUAUCUUUAAGGAUCUAAUCUCUAUAUAAUAGGAUGUGGUUAAUAUUUUAAGGGUUAAAUGUAGUGUAAGUGUACCAUCUAUCAGAGUGCUUGGCACUUAUUAAAUGCUCAAAAGUUAGUAAUGAUUUAUAUUAGCAUCAGUCACUGUCAUUUUUUUCUUAAAAUAAAAAUUGUAGCUAACAUUUAAGUAAUUACUGUGUGCCAAGCAAUACCUCCAAGGGCUUUACCCCUGUUUUGUUGUUAUUGCUCUACAAAUCCUCACAGCGAUUUGAGAUGGUACUCUCUUCAUCACCCCCAUUUCACAGUUGAGGAACUGAAGCAAAGAAGAGCCCAGUGAUUCUCCCAAGUUAGUCACAUACAUUGUGACUUCUUCAUACAUUACGCUGCUUCUCCUUAUUAAUAGAAGAACUGUUGUAAUAUUAUUACCAGUUAGUUGUUAAUAAAGCUGGAGUUAUGUGACACUCGUUGCCAUUAAAUUAUGCACUUUAUAUUGAAGGAAAAAAUGAAUGGAAACAUGUAAAGUGUCUUUAAUAUGUGAAAAUCCUAGGAUUUCUUAGACAUUUUACCAUUCUGGAUGCUCAGUUUUGAGGCAAUGCAACGCUACUGCAAUCUCAAAAAAUAGAUUCCUCAUCAUUGCAGAUAAACAGUUUCAGAUAUGUUUUGAAAUUCUGAAAAAGUAUAUCCUAUAAAAUUUGACUAUGAUUCCAAAACAGUGGCAACGAUAAAAAAUGUCCGAUGAAUGAAUGAAUAAAGACAAGACAUUUAA